AUGGCAGAGGUGGGGGGCGUCUUCGCCUCCUUGGACUGGGAUCUACACGGCUUCUCCUCGUCUCUGGGGAACGUGCCCUUAGCUGACUCCCCAGGUUUCCUGAACGAGCGCCUGGGCCAAAUCGAGGGGAAGCUGCAGCGUGGCUCACCCACAGACUUCGCCCACCUGAAGGGGAUCCUGCGGCGCCGCCAGCUCUACUGCCGCACUGGCUUCCACCUGGAGAUCUUCCCCAACGGCACGGUGCACGGCACCCGCCACGACCACAGCCGCUUCGGUAUCCUGGAGUUUAUUAGCCUGGCUGUGGGGCUGAUCAGCAUCCGGGGAGUGGACUCUGGUCUGUACCUAGGAAUGAACGAGCGAGGAGAACUCUAUGGGUCGAAGAAACUCACACGUGAAUGUGUUUUCCGGGAACAGUUUGAAGAAAACUGGUACAACACCUAUGCCUCAACCUUGUACAAACAUUCGGACUCGGAGAGACAGUAUUACGUAGCCCUGAAUAAAGACGGCUCACCCCGGGAGGGAUACAGGACUAAACGACACCAGAAAUUCACUCACUUUUUACCCAGGCCUGUAGAUCCUUCUAAGUUGCCCUCCAUGUCCAGAGACCUCUUUCACUAUAGGUAA